AUGGAUGACUUCUUGGAAGAAAAUCUGCGAAAGGGAUACAUUCAACCAUCAAAAUCACCCAUGGCCUCACCAUUCUUCUUCGUUGGAAAGAAAGACGGAGCACUACGUCCCUGUCAGGAUUACCGAUACCUGAAUGAAGGGACGGUGAAGAAUGCCUAUCCCCUCCCGCUCAUUUCUGAACUCAUGGAUCAACUCAAGGGUGCAUUGAUCUUCACGAAAAUGGAUUUACACUCCAGAUAUAACAACGUCAGAGUCAAAGAUGGUGACCAGUGGAAGGGCGCAUUUAAGACAAACCGCGAACUUUUCGAACCUAUGGUCAUGUUCUUUGGACUCUGCAACUCCCCAGCAACUUUCCAAAUGAUGAUGAACGCACUCUUCGAGGACAUGAUCAACGAAGGAUGGAUAGUCAUUUACAUGGAUGAUAUCCUCAUCUUCUCGAACAAUUUGAAAGAACAUCACAUUCGAACCCGAUACGUACUCCAAUGA